ACCACGUGGUACAGCCGCUCAGCUGACUGCUGGAGGAGGAAGAGGAAAAAAGAAGAUGGACGGGAACAGAGACGAAGCUGAGAAAUGUAUUAGUAUAGCGACGAGAGCCUUCGAAGCCGGAGAAAAGGACAAAGCUCUAAAGUUCCUCAUCAAAGCAGAGAAGUUGUAUCCAACCCCCAGAGCCAAGGCUUUGCUGGAGGCUUUGAUGAGAAACGGGAGCUCGGCGGGUAACAGAGCACAUUGCAGGAGAGCAGCAGGACAUGCAGGAACAACUGGUGUCAACUCAGAAGGAGGGAACGGAGAAAGUGUUGCACAUGAAGCGACUAAAGGCUUCUCUCAGGACCAAGUGGAAGGUGUGCAAAGAAUAAAGCGGUGUAAAGACUACUAUGAAGUUCUUGGUGUCAACAAGGAAGCCAAUGAUGAUGAGCUGAAGAAAGCCUACAGGAAACUAGCUCUGAAGUUCCAUCCGGACAAGAACCACGCACCUGGAGCAACGGAAGCCUUUAAAAAGAUUGGGAAUGCUUACGCUGUGCUGAGCAGCCCAGACAAGAGACAGCAGUAUGACCUGACAGGAGGAGAGGAACCCAGCAGCCAGAGUCACUCACAGAGAGGAGGCUUUGACUUCCACAGGGGCUUCGAGGCUGACAUCACACCUGAGGACCUCUUCAACAUGUUCUUCGGGGGCAGUUUCCCCUCCUCAAGCACACACUCAUUCACCAACGGCAGGACGAGCUACAGCCAUCAGACGGAUUACCGCCAGGAGCGGACAGAAGAGAGAGGAGAUGGUGGUUUUUCGAUGUUUAUCCAGCUGAUGCCAAUAGUGGUCUUGAUUGUAGUUUCAAUACUGAGCCAGAUGAUGGUGUCCCCUCCACCCUACAGCCUCUAUUCUAGACCGUCCACGGGUCAGACUGUAAAGAGGCAAACGCAGAACCUGCGCGUUGACUACUACGUCACCCAAGACUUCAAGUCUGAGUUUAAAUACUCGGCCGUACAACAAAUUGAGAAAAAUGUAGAAGAAGACUAUGUGACAAAUGUUAGAAAUAACUGUUGGAAGGAGAGGCAGACGAAAACAGACCUGCUUUAUGCUGCUAAGGUGUACAGGGACGACCGGAUGCGCAGGAAGGCUGAACUCAUGACCAUGGAUAACUGCAAGGAGUUGGACAGACUAAAUAACCUCUUCAGAGGCGGAUGAAUUGGAAUCGUUUUAAAAAUUGUACAUAUACAAAUAAAUGGCUUUUUUUUUUUUAAUAAGAAAAAGGCUUUACACUUGAAGGAAAUCUUAUGUGAAGAGAUUAGCCUCAUUUAGGUUUGAAAAUGCCCUCACAUCCAUUCCUGUGAAUUACUGCUCUAUCACUUCAGCCUGAUCCCGGGAAUCAUCUUGUUAUAUGGUGAAGAGCCAGUCUACACACUGUAAAAACCUUCCAGACUUUUGUUUUUUUAAUUUUAAUUAUGCUUUCCUUGUUUUUCUGGGAACAAGGAUACUUGAUUGUAAAGACGUUUUGUUUCUGUCGUGAGACCUGAAGAGGCAUUCUGCACUACUGAAACCACUCGUGAAGAUCAACAAACAGAAACGCUUUAUACCAUUUCUGCUUGUUAUCAAUAUAGAAUCAGAUUCCAUCGAGUCAAAUCUAUCUCAUGAAGGAGCAAACGAAGAAAACAAAAAGAUGAGUGUUUUAUCUUUCCACUCAUUUUCUAUGUGACAAUUAACAGAGCAUCGCUGCUACUGGAAAACAUUUUAAUUUCUUCUAUGAAAUGUGAAGCUGACUGGCGCUAAACAGUGAAAUUGUUCAUAAAUUGUACAUUUUCAUUUUUGAAUGUUUAAUGCACUUAUUUAAAUAUAAAAGAGGUUUUUUUUUUUUCUUCAGUGCUCGCCUAACCAUUUAAAGUAUAAUUUGUUCCAUACACUGGAAUAAAGUUCUCUGAGGUUGUCAUUAA